AUGGACGCCGUCUCAAGCUCAUCUUCCAACUCCUCGGCUCAGCAGUCCCCUUCGGUUCAGAUGGUCCCCCAACCUGCUCCCACCCAGAGCAACGGCCCUUCAACCGACAUUUUCCUCCAAGACUUUACUCUUAUCGCCGAGGCGGCCAAGCGAGCGCAAAUGGCCAUCAUGAUACGCGACUUUGAGGAUUGUGGCCUGUAA